UUCCCUUCCUCCCCCUUUCCUCAUUUCCCUAGCUACCCUCUGCAAAUCUCUAUAUAUCCCCACUCCCUCACUAUUCCAUAAUUUGAUAUUAAGCUUCUCAUCACCAACACAAGCCUAGCUUGCUUGCUAGCUCUUGAUCAUGGAGAUGAAAGUAGCACUUCCGGUGGACUUCAACUUCGACAGCAGCGCCUGCUCCUCCCCUUACUUGACCGCCCCGUCUAGCCCCACCCGGUUCGGCAACUGCUACUUCAGCGCACCCACCAGCCCCAACCGUUCUUCAUCCUUCUUCCGCCAGUUUAAUGACUUCGACUACAAUCUUCAUUCCAACAGUACUAAGUACUCUCCUUCCACCGUCCCUUUCAAGUGGGAAGAAAAGCCCGGGACUCCGAAAUCCCGGGCUACUAUCAACGGCGACGAUCUUGAAGACUUCGAGUUCAAUUUCAGUGGCCAACUGGAGAAAGCUUCUUUACCGGCAGACGAGCUCUUUGACGGCGGGAAGAUCAAGCCUCUGAAGCCUCCUCCCCGGCUACAUGUCAGCACUAACAGAAAUCAGGAUCAGGGAUCCUCUUCCGGUUUAUCUCCACGGUCACCAUCGCCGAGAUCUUCCAGAGUACUGUGUCAAGGUAAGAGAAUGGUCCAAGACGUGUUGUCUCCACGUCAUCAUCACAGAAAGGUCGACUCCGAUCCUUUCACGGCGGCCAUGGAAGAGACUCGGAGAGAUUGUUACAGAGAUGAAUAUGACUACGCAGAAGAAGAGUUUCAGAGCCGACGCGGGAGAGAAAGAAUGUCGAGAAUGCCUUCAAGACACGUCAACGCUUCAAUCCGAAAAGGAACCAGGUCUUUAUCUCCGUUGAGGAUUCCGGACAUCAUGUUCGACGACGUUGCAUCACCUGCUCCGACUACGAGUCAUGCCUCUAACAGCUCGAUCAAGCCGGCCACUUCUCCUUCUGUAUCUUCGGCUUACAACGCGAUAUUGUCAGCUAUUUCGUUCUCGAAAGUGAAUAAGAAGUGGAAGCUGAGGGAUCUGUUGCUGUUCCGGAGCGCAUCGGAAGGUAGAGCCACGACGGGGAAGGAUCCUCUAAGGAAGUAUUCGCUUUUGUCGACAAAGAAGAGUAUGUCGGAAGAUGUGAAGAAUUCGAGCUUCCGGUCGACGGACAGCGUCGGCUCGGUUAGCUCGAGGAGGAGAGGACCGGUUUCACCUCACGAGCUUCAUUACACGGUGAAUCGGGCGGUAACGGAGGAGAUGAGGAGGAAGACAGUGUUGCCCUACAAACAUGGGCUGUUGGGUUGCUUGGGGUUCAACCAUGGCUUGCAUGAAAUUUCCAGGGGUGCAUUUGGCUCCAUGGCACGUAACUCAUGAUGGGAUUGCCUGAUCGAUCUCGGCCGUAAAUAACUUUUUUCUUCAAUUUUACUGUCGAUUCUCGUUCAUCGGAUAUAAAUAUAUGGUUGAAUUUUGAGAUACAAAUUGGUUUAUUUAUCUUGGACUUUCUGAAUGUUCAUUCAUGGUGGUGUCUCGAUCACUAGGAUGGACUCGGAUUUAUGAGACAUGUAUCAAUUACAAUUACAAGCAACGACUUGUGUUUUGGUUGGG